AUGUCUACGAAACUUGUCCGCUAUACUACACAUCUCCGCGUUGCCUAUGGUCUUGAGCUACAAUCUACGGACGGCAAGCGCGUUCCAUUCGGCGAGUUGGUUCUUGAUAAAAGUGACCACAUCACUACCAUCGUUUCUGCCACUUCUUCUGCACCUACGAUCAACGUUGCGUCUGUCCAGUCUCGUACUACUUAA